AUGGAGCGGAACGAGGCGACGAACACGAGUCUGCGGAUGAUAGCGACGGCGAUGAGCGCGACGGCUAUGCAUAUCAAAAUCAAUGUGCUGCUGUCCAUCGUCAUCGGUGUGUGUUAUGCUGCAGUUGAGUGGGUUGCCCCAACAAUUACCGUGUUGUUCGGCGAGGUCUUCUUCCGGCUGACGACCGUGUGUCAGGUACACCUGGUAUAUGGUGUUAUUAUGAAAGUGCAGUGUUCUGGUCCUGCGAGAUGCAGGGACCGCCAAUGGAGCGGUGGAUGGCCGGGUGCGUUGGAAACGCGGUUGCAGUAG